AUGCACACCAAUCAAGUUUACAGCGAGCCUGUUACUGAAAAUAAUGGACCACACAAAUGGUGGCACCGUCGUUGGGUUAAAAUAACCGGUAUUUCCGUUAUUGUUUUAAUAGUUUUUGCUGUUAUUCUCGCUCUGGUGUUAAUCUUCGUCGUUUUUGCACCGAAGAAAUCAGAAACUAUUAUCACCGUCACAACAUCAUCAUCAGUACCAGUGACGUUGACAACAACUUCACCACAAACAACAGCUAUGACCACAACGCAGCAGUCAGAAUGGUCUGUUACCGGUAAUAUGAAUACUGCACGACUUUUGCACACAGCAUCUAUAUUACCAAAUGGAAAAGUAUUAAUUACUGGUGGUACACCCAAUGCGUAUAUUUAUUUAAAUAGUGCUGAGCUAUAUGAUCCAUCAACAGGCAUUUGGGCAAGUACUGGUAGCAUGACUAAUGCACGAGAUUCACACACAGCAUCUGUAUUAUCAAAUGGAAAUGUAUUAGUUACUGGCGGAGCUGACGAUAGCGGUGUUUUAAAUAGUGCUGAGCUGUAUGAUCACCUCGUGCAUUAUUCAUAUUGCCAGUAG